CGCGGAAUCCCAUACCGACGAGGAUAUCUGUUUUAUGGUCCACCAGGGACUGGGAAGAGCAGCUUCAUAUCGGCAUUGGCAAGUCAUUUUGGAUACAGCGUUUGUAUGCUGUCUCUUAGUGAACGAACACUUGAUGAUGACAGGUUAAAUCAUCUGCUGAAUACAGCACCGGUGAACAGCGUUGUGAUUCUGGAAGACAUCGAUGCCGCAUUCGGAACUAGAGCUGAUCCCAUGAAUAAUCACCCAGCUUACCAAGGUAUUACAAGGGUGACCUUCUCGGGCUUGCUCAAUGCGAUAGAUGGCGUUGGUUCUGCUGAGGAACGAAUUCUGUUCAUGACUACUAAUUAUGUAGAAAGGCUGGAUCCCGCUUUGAUUCGCCCGGGGCGAGUAGAUAGGAAGCAGUUGUUUGGUAACGUCACCAGAAGUAUGGCAGAAAAGAUGUUCAGUCGUUUUUAUGGCCUAGCCGAAGACGACCCACUUUGUGAAGAGUUCGUAGAGCGCGUAUUUUCGCUUGGCUGCGAGUUAUCUCCUGCGCAGUUACAAGGGCAUUUUCUUCUAUAUAAACAAUCACCACGGAUAGCGAUGGAGCGUGUGGCCGAUCUCAACGCUUCUUCAAAGUAAUA